CGUCGGCGCGCGUUGUGCGCGCGCGCGCGCGCCAGCUCACGUCGCGCUCUUCUUUUUCGGCGGCGCUCCUUCUCCGGCUCCUCCUCGGCUCCGAAAGGCGGAACUCCUGGCAGCCAGCGCUGCCGAGCGUGGCGGCUCGCGGCUGUGUCGGGUCGCGCCGGGCCGGCCUGCGUGCGUGCGUGGCCGGCUGGCGCGACGCGCGCGAGACUCCGUUCCCACGCUCGAUGCCAGGCCGCCGCUGCCUAGUCACCCCCCCUCUCUCCCCCUCCUUUCUUCAAUCCCCCCCGCGCCUCCUCCCUCGUCGUCGGCGGCGGCCGCUGCAUGUGCGCUGUUGCUGAGAAAAGGGGGUACGAGUAAUAGGAGUUGGGUCCUCCGGGAGGGACAGGACACACGGCACGCUCUCUUCUCCGAGCUCGGCGGCGGUGGUGGAGAGAGGACCGCCUACCUGCCAGCCUGCGAGCCGCGACAUCGCGCACCGCGCAUUCCGUUACCGUCGGCGCUGGCUCGGUGCUCGCGGCUUGCGCCCCCUCCACACACACACAACCCCCCUGCCACCCCUCCUGCUGCGCAGCAAUAACACCCUCGCCGCCGCCGGUGCAGCAGCGGCCGCCGCUGCUGCUGGAGUGAGUUUGUCGUCGCCGCCGGCUGCUGCUGUUCGGUCGCGCAGCAGUGUUGUGGUGCGCUCGCUCUCCCGAGCUGGAUCUGACGAGCGGUGUCAGAAUGGUGGCUUCGCCGCCACCCCUACUGCCGGCUGUGUCGCAACAGCAGCAUCAGCAGCAACCGCCGCAGCAGCGGUACGGACUCCCGCCAGCACCACCGUCGCCCCUGCUUCCGCCGCCGCCUCCGGCGUCGAGCAUGGCCAACGCCACCGUCACCAACGGGCCGUCGUCGACCGAGCGUCCCACACCGUCCAGGGCCAGCGAGAUACGGCGGGCCACCAAGCCCAUAAUGGAAAAACGGCGGCGGGCCAGGAUCAACCAGUGCCUCACCGAACUCAAGGCGCUCAUCCUGGAUGCGCUCAACAAGGAUCCGUCACGUCACUCGAAGCUGGAGAAAGCGGACAUCCUGGAGAUGACCGUGCGCCACUUGCAGAACGUCCAGCGUCACCAAGUUGCAGCCGCUCUGUCCACGGACCCGGUGGUGAUGGGCAAGUUCCGCGCGGGCUUCGCCGAGUGCGCCACCGAGGUCAGCCGCUACGUGUCGCGACUCGAAGGGGUCGAACCGUCCCUGCGCCAGCGGCUAGUCGGCCACCUCACGUCGUGCGUGAACGGCUUCAACGGCACCUCGGCGGGCGGACCCACGUCGCCCCUGGGAGGCGUCGCGCCGGGCCUACUGAUUUCCCCGCUCAGCGUCCAGAUCCCCACCCUGGGAGACCUGCACGGCGUCGGGCACUCCGGCCCCCUCGCUGCGGCUGCGGUAGGAGCGGGCGGAGCUCCGGGACGCCUUCAGCUCGGAGGUCUUCCCCUCAUCCCCAGCAGGCUGCCCAACGGUGACCUGGCGUUCGUGUUGCCGACCGUCGCGGCGACGGCUUCCGGCGGCGGCGCCGCCGUGUCGGCAAACAGCGCCGCCGUCGCCGCCGCCGCUGCUGCGGCGGCUGCUGCUGGGACGCCACCGUCGUGGGGACCUCCGACGCCGACGAACACGUCGACGCCGACGUCGCCGCACCCUCCUCGGUCACCGAGUCCCGCGAGCAGCUUCGGCGGCAGCCCCCUGUGCAGCCCCAUGGGCAGCGACGUGGGCAGCGAGGACGCCUCGUCGUGCGACGCCCAGUCGAUGCUACAGAGGUCGCCCCCCUGCUUCUCGCCGCCGCCUUCGGCGGCCCUCGACGACCUGGCCACGAUGCAUCGGCCGCCCUUCUUCCGCGACGUCAUCCUGCGCGGUCUCGAGGCAACGGCCGCGGCGACGCAGUACCGGGAAGAGAUGCAGCAGCGGGAGCACUCGCAGAAUGAGGAUGACGAAGACGACGAACAUGGCAGGGCCGGGGACGACAGCGUCUGGAGGCCCUGGUAGUCAGCUUCGUGAAGUGCCUUUUGUGUACAGAACUAAGUUGCUGUUUAUGUUGAAAGAACUUGGCGUUCGUUGAAAAGUUUGUUGACUACGGAAUCGAUGCCCUAGGGAGGGGUGUGGAGGGGAGGGGGGUUAAGAGCAGCGGGAAGAGCAACGAUUCUUGAGGGCAAGAAACAGAAGAUGCUGUGCCACGGAUCAUGUUACGCACGAGGCCGAUAAGCAAGGUGAAAGUCAGUGACAUGCGUUUUAUCUGGCCUGGCAGUAUACAGUCUUUGUCAAAAGUUUCGAAACAUCUCCGUGAGCGAGAUUUGUCACUGGAUUUAGCCGAAGGGUUCGCGUGGCAGGUCUAGCUCUCCGAGACUGAAGAGAGUUACCAACGAUGUCCUCUUCAAUAUGUGGGGUCUUCGGAGCAAAGAAAGUUUUCAAGGGCUCCUAUAGACGUUUGACGCGAUGUCUGUUGAAGCGCGGAGCGCUCCGAAACUUUUGACAGUCUGUAUGUAUAGCGUUGAUCAUUUGCAGUUUUACGAAGCACAAUAAUAGUGUACCAAAUGUCGAAGGCUUGAAGCGAAUCUCGUUCACUAGUCCCAGGCUGGUCGCCGCUGUUUUCAACGCUUAUACAUUUGUUCUACCCUUAUACAGGGUUCUGUGGAAUGAAUCUCGGGAAGUAGAGUAAGAGGAAAAUGGAAAAGGCGAAGCAUUUCUUAAGCAUUUCUAAGAAGCAUACGCUGCUUAAAGGCAGCACGUUUUGAGAUCAGCUGGAACUUUAAAGACAUCUUGCCAUUAUAUUAUGAGGCCUCUUUAGGGCAGCUCUAUAGAGAAGAUGUGCCUUCACAAUGAUUCACGUGACAGUACCUACAUAUUGUCGUGUGACACUGACGUGUAUAGGAACAAUCGCUGUAGGAAUAUUUUACCUACGAGGACAAAUUCUUUUAAAAUGGAACUUGGUGUCUGCCAUAUGAACCCCCAGUAGGAAAUGCCACCUUUAAACCAAAACGUCUCGUGAACCUAAACAGUGCUACACAUAUGGACAAGUGUGCGGCUUAAUUAAGUGAACUGCCAUGGUCGAAAAGGUUUAGCGUUAACAAGGUCGACAUCGCUUGGUUGUCUUACGGAAGAUGUUUGGUUACUAUGAUGGUGCUCGUUUUGCUCAUCGCAUCGAUUUGCUUCUGACGCGCCGUUUAUAUCAAAUAUAUUUAUUCACUGAAUGCAAAAUGAUUAUUGCAGAAAAAGAAAUUCUGAGUAGCGAGACUGCAUAUGAAAGCUGGGUUGGAGCAUCUUGUAUAAACUUGUGGUACCCCGCUCGCUUGACCUAAUUGACUGCCCUUGCGGUUACCUUGUCAUGAUUGUGGCCUUCUUUUGUUACAUGCGCUCUAGCUACACGUGUUGUAAAGCACUUCUUGUUUCUUGUUGCACGACUCGGAUCUCACCACAUCGACUUGGCACCAUACACGAGGCUAUUUUUGUAUAAAGCGAUGUUACAGGAGAGUGUGAUAAAUGUUUUCGUUUGUACAUAGAUGCUGCGGCAACCACCACAGUGUGCCUUACUGCUGUACAUACGUCCAUUUAUUUACGCGAGCCACGUUCCUCGCAUCUUUUUUGUCUGUGUUUGUGUACUUUUUCAUCGAAUCUCAUUGCACGGUUUUGUUGACAUCAUGUCUUCCGGUGUUAGAAGGGACAUGCAUUUAAAACAAACGGUGCCUUCAUGUUUCGCAGGAUAUCCCGGUUUCGCCAGUUGUUUCGUUAAACGGACGAAGAAUCUUGAUGUACAGUCCUUUUCAGAAGUUAAUCGGCCAUUGUAGCCGUUUCCAGGGCAGCUGCCUGAAAUUUUUUGGGGCGUGGCUUCCGUACGCCCCUCACACCCUUUAGCUAAGGAGGCAAAACACAGAAAUUCUCAAACCACAACCUCCGAUAUCGAUCGGCGUGCGACUGAUCUUGGAGGCCGUGCUUAUUCUUCUAGCGCUUAAGAGAUGAUCAGAUGGCCACCGCUAUUUGGAGAGUUGAUGACGUAAUUAUGUUUUCUAGCGACAGCUUACUGCUGCCUUGAAUGAGCCCUGGUCUCGCAAUCGGUGAUCUGAGAACUGUUGAAAACGCCUGUACACGCAUGAUUGCUUCUUGUUUGAGAAUACGCUGAGCAGUUUUCUCUAUGCAGUUAAACGGUGCGUUUGAGUUUUUGUGUAUACAUUGCGGCCCUCUGGUAUGUAUAGGAUGUUGCUAAUUAUGUUGUCUAUGUGUAUUUUCAUUGACCUUUGCCUUUGACCAAGGGAAUCUAAAGGGACCCGAGAGAGGAAUAUUUCGUUGCAUUAGUAAAUUGCAUUUCCAGGAUGACCAAGAAACUCACUUUUAUACCGUGAGCGGAGAGAUUACUAAGUCAGAAAAUACGCGAGUAUGAAAAAAGAGUAGAAUCUAAGUAUUUGCGCCGAUGAAAUUAAUACAGUUUUUAAAGACUACUUCACAGGUCUAACCUGAACACGCUUAGUGGCUCUAUUUUUACUGUCCUCUCAGAAGGCUGCAAUUUAAAACAAGAUAUACCGUAACCAAAUUACGAUUAUGGCCUCACUUCAAUGUAGCUUGACGUCAUGAGGUAUACCGUACGUGCGAGAACCGCAACAGCGUGAAAUGACUGUUUACCAGACGACGAACUCUAAAUUGUUGUGUUUGAUAGCGCCGUUCCAUUAUUGUUUAGGAAUGCGAUGGACGCUGCACACGUGCUAUUCAAUGAACGCAUGUUAAACAUGUGAACUGUACAUACAAUUACCUCACUUUCGAGUCUGCUGGACCAAGUUCGGUAGCUUGUUACAUAUACUGCAUGCUACGUAUGCUGUCUUCCACUGUGCCAGUUCGUUUUUUCUCGAUAGUUCUGUACAAAGUACGUGCCUUCUUCUCGAUGCCUUGAUCUCGAAAACGUGUAUUGUUGGGAAAGAGACCUACUGCCUUUUUUUGCUCAAGUGCCAAUAAAAAAAAGUAUUUUUUUUUUCACAUUGA